AUGUUCACGUUAUUUUCUCUCUUUUUUGUAACAAUUGCUAUAAUCGAAUCCAUGGCAGGACUUCUAGGAAAUGGAACUAUCCUGGCUGUCAGUUCAACGAGCUGCAUCAGGAGGAAAAUAUUUUCUUCGUAUGAUAUGAUUAUGAUCUUUCUGAGUUUAUCCAGAUUCUUUUUGCAGUCCUGGAUGAUGCUGGAUUUGUUUGUAAAUCUACUUUGUGAAACUUCCUACUAUGAAGAAAAUUUGUUUGCAAUUUUCAAGGCAGUUUUUAUGUUUUUGAACAACUCCAGCCUCUGGUUUGCUGCCUGGCUUAGUGUCUUCUAUUGUACCAAGGUUGCUAGUUUUUCUCAGUCUUUCUUCAUCUGGCUGAAGCAAAGAAUUUCCAGUCUCGUGCCCUGGAUGCUGCUAACGUCAUCCUUUUUCUCCUUUGCAACCUCUCUUCCUUUCGCCUGGGAUGUCUACAACGUGCACAAGAACUUCACUGCUCCUUCAAGCGUGACAAACUCUUCAGAAAAAAGAGUCACAAUGAAAGCUAGCUGGUUUUUAUUUAUUCUUCUCUGUAAUGCUGGUGUGACUUUGCCUUUAAUAGUGUUUGUUGUUUCAAGUAUCUUGCUGAUUAGGUCUCUGUGGAUACACACCAGGCAGAUGCAAAACAAUGCAACUGGCUUUAAGGAUCCCAGCCUAGUGGCCCAUACAGAUGCCAUCAAGUCACUCUUCUCCUUCUUUAUCCUCUAUGUUACCUAUUUUAUUUGUUUGAUUCUCAAUUUAUGCGACAUUUUUUCACCUUUAAGCGUUGAGGAAGCCAUAUGUGUGACUGUAAUGGCUGCUUGUCCUGCAGGACACUCUAUCAUCUUAAUCUGGAGCAACCCCAAAUUUCGGGAGCUGCCAGCUAGGAUUUUGCACCAACUGUCAUGUCAGAACUAG